AUGUCCCUGGGCUCCUCAAAGUGGCUGCCGUGGGUACUAGAUGAAGAGAAGUCACUCGAAAUUCUCAAGGCCGCCUACGAUAGGGGCAUUAACACGUGGGACACAGCAAACGCCUACUCCAACGGCAUCAGCGAAGAGAUUGUCGGAAAAGCGCUUCAGAAAUUCUCUAUCCCGCGAGAGAAGGUCAUCAUCUUGACAAAGUGUUUCCUAUACGUCGGGGAAGACUCGAGCGUAUUCACCGCUCCGUUUGGAGGAGUACUUAGCCAGAGCAAGGACUAUGUCAACCAAGGGGGUCUUUCUCGCGCUGCCAUCUUUAACGCUGUUGAUGCGUCGCUGAGGCGUCUGGGCACGAGUUACAUUGACUUAUUCCAAAUUCACCGAUUCGACCCAACCACGCCUAUCGAGGAGACCAUGAAGGCACUACACGACCUUGUACAAACCGGCAAGGUGCGCUACAUCGGUGCGAGCUCGAUGUGGGCUACGCAGUUCGUGCGCAUGCAGGCGGUCGCCGAACGCAACGGCUGGACCAAGUUCAUCAGUAUGCAAAACUUGUACAACUUGUGCUAUCGCGAAGAGGAACGUGAGAUGAUUCGUUACUGUAAUGACACGGGCGUUGGUAUCCUGCCGUACUCUCCUAACUUCGGCGGUAAGCUAGCCCGACCCUUGGGACAGGAUGACUCGACUCGCUCCAAGACACCCGGUCCCAUCAGCUUAGAUCUCCGACCUGACGAGGAGGAAAUUAUUCGCCGAGUAGAGAAGCUUGCUGUCGAGAAAGGUUGGAAGAUGAGCAACGUCAAUCUGGCGUGGCAUCAUAUGAAAGGCACUAUACCGAUCGUCGGGUUCAACUCGGUUGCUAGGAUUGACGAGGCAUGCGAUGCGCGAGGUAAGACGUUAACGGCUGAAGACGUCAAGUUCCUCGAGGAACCCUAUGUUCCCAAGCCCGUUUUUGGGCUUUUCGACUAA